AUGGUAAAUACACAAAACUCUUGUAUAUGUACCGGUCCAAAUAUAUUUUCACGUUUUUGGCAAAAAUCAAGAAUUUAUCGUUAUUAUAAAUCGAUUAAAGCAGAUUUAGAACGACUUGAUAAGGAAAUUGAUAGAUCUGGUAGUGACGCAUCGUUCGUAAUUAAAGGUCACAAGGAAAUUGUUGCUGCAUUAACUAAUAUUCAUUCUUCAUCAUCACAAAAUAUUAUUAAUGAACAAAAGUUACGAAUUAUCAAUAAAUUAAAAUAUAAAUAUACAUCUAAAUAUGAUAAAAUAAAACGAUUAAUGACAAAUACAUUUGUAUCAAUUGAUGAAAAAAAUUAUAUCAAUUAUGCUUUCGUCUAG